AGAACUGGGACGAUUAUGCAAUGGAAGUAAAACAGUUGCCAAUAAAAAAUGACGAUGUGUGUUAAUUACCAGAAAAAAUCCUUUGUCGAGAAGCGGUCAACUUUAAGGUCAAUAUUAUACCGAAAGAAAAACUCAUUCUUGUUCCCCGAAAUCAGCUAUGAUUGUAGAAUGGCAAAAUUUAUUGUGUCUAUUUAUAGAGAUGUUAAACUUUCAUUGACGCGAUCGUGCUAUAAUUAGCGCAAGAGCGACGUUUUGUCUACGAUAUUACGACCGAACAGAUGAUUUCAGCAUUCAAAGGGAUCGUGAAAUUCAUCGAUUGUACCUCGAGGUCUAGGAUACAUUCUUUUAGAGAAAAGAAAACCAGAGAUUCAACUAUCAUUAUGCAAGCUGCUCAAACUAUAUGGAAUUAUAUGCAACUAGGACAUGAAUUACACAAGAGUGAUGUCAUACUAGUCCUAGGAAAUAAUGAUUUAAGAACAGCAGAAUAUGCAGCCGAUUUAUUUAAUAAAGGUUUAGCUGACUGGUUAUUAUUUUCUGGUAAAGAAGGGUCAUUAACAAAAGGCAAAUGGAAAAGUACUGAGGCAGAGAUAUUUCGCGAUGUGGCAAUUAACCGCGGUGUUCCAGACGAAAAGAUUAUAUUGGAAACAAGAGCCACAAACACGGGCGAAAAUAUUCGAUAUUCUUACAACAAGCUCCAUUCUCUUGGUAUUAAUCCUACUAGAAUAAUCUUAGUUCAAACCCCAUAUAUGGAAAGACGCUCCUAUGCCACCUUUAAGAAACAGUGGGUUAAUUCCAAGUCAGUUCUAGUGCAAGUAACCUCAGCGAAAAUUGGAUUAACGGAAUUUCCAAAUGAUGACGUGGGUUCUAUAAAUGAUGUCAUCACGGUCAUGAUUGGGUGUUUACAGAGGAUUAUCUCUUAUCCAAAGAAAGGAUUUCAAAUUUACCAAGAUGUUCCCGAAGAAGUUGAAAAGGCUUACCAAUAUCUCCGUGAUAGUGGACUAUACAAUAAUCACUUGUUGAGAAAAUCUUGAUAUCUAUAUGUUCUCUCUAAAAUUCUAGUAUCACCGAGAAACAUUUACUUGUAAAUGCAUAUACAUAUACUUAAAUGUCCCGACAGUCACCACAGUAAUUCUAAAUGUGGAACCCAUGACAUUAUGCUAGAUGGUGCUGGAUUUUUUUCGGAGAUUUACGACUACCGAAUUUUAAAAAUCUGAAAAUCAUGGAAAUAAUUUAAUAUCUUUUUACUGUCAUUGCCUAAGUAUCCCAAACAAUCUGGGUACAUGUAUUUUCCUGUUCAUAAAAUAAGUUAUUAUUGAAAAAACAAUGUAAAACAUAACACUGCAUUUAAUGUUUUGCCAAAGUCAUGCCAUUGUUGUGUAUUUAAAAUAAAUCUGGAUGAAAGGUU